AUGAAAAACAAUAAUGCUAUAGCAAUACAAAGUCUAGAUGAAGAGGCAAAGAUCGAGAAUGUGAAACCAACAGCAGACAGUGACUCCCCUGUCAAGGAACAAGACAGUCGCCAGCAGAGACGUCCUUAUCGUCGUGAAAUUCGCCCGGAAGAUGAAACUGGAAAGUGGGCAAUUCGACGCAAGAUCUGGAAUUAUCUGGAGGAUAACAAUUUAGUCAACACACCCAGACCUUGCCAUUAUCGCAUACCAAAUUUUGAGGGUGCCGCAGCAGCUAAUGACAGACUGGUCACACUAGAUGUGUUCAAACAGGCAAGGACAGUAAAAGUCAGUCCUGACAAGCCACAGGAGCAGGCCAGGUUUCUUGUUCUAGAGAGUCACAAAAAUCUACUAGUGCCUACCCCUCAGCUUCGAACCGGACUGCUGAACCGAGUGAUUCCACCAGAGGAUGCUAACAAAGAGAAACUGAGAUACUGCUGCACAUCUCAGGGCGUGAAGGAACACAGCAAGGAGAUUGGCCUGGAGGACAAAGUAAAGAUUGACUUGGUUGUUGUGGGCAGUGUUGCUGUUUCUAGACAGGGCUAUCGCAUAGGCAAAGGAAAGGGAUAUGCUGACCUGGAGUAUGCCAUGAUGCGGAGCAUGGGGGCCAUAGAUGCUGACACUCUUGUAGUCACCACAGUUCAUGACUCACAAGUUGUCGAUAUUCCUGAAGAGUUGGUUGAGGAGCAUGACAUGACUGUGGACUUGAUACUAACACCCACUGAGAUCAUCGAGACAAGGUGCACCCGACCCAAACCUGAAGGUAUCAUCUGGAGCCUCCUAGAAGUGAAUAAAUUCUAUCAGAUUCCGGUUCUGAAACAGUUGCGAGACCUUGAGCACGCAGCUGGCAAGGAUGUGCGGCUGAAAGGGCAGCAGAAUGAAGACGAGGAUCCACUGGAGAAUGCUGGGAAAUUUCGACCCCGUAGGUACAGACCCUUCCGAGGUGGAUACAGAGGACGUGGAAGACCAUUUAGGUUUAGGAAAGGUGGUUGGAGACACAGGACAGAUGCUGGGGAUGACAGCAAUAAGGAGAAUGGGGAAACUGGAGAUGAAUCCGGGGCGGAUGGUGAUGAUGGCCGUGGCAGGCUCAGAAAUUACCGCAACCGCCAUUUUCGCCGUGGUGGCAAACCCAAGGCUUCCGAGUCGGAGCACAGCGAUGGUGGUGGUGAGGAGCAGCAAGGGGAUGGUGAAGAGAGGCCGUAUCCUCGCAGGUUCCCGAACCCUCGCCGUUUUCAGCGUAGAUGGCGUUAUGAUGGUGGCAGUCGGCGGGACAACAGGGGAGAUCAUUCAGGCAGUGAUGGUGAACAAAGAACAUCUGGUGAAGAAGAAUUAGAAAACCGCAGACCACAGCGGCAGAGGUUUCGCACAAAUCCUGAUGCUGUGGUCUGGGUGGGAGGACUGUCACGUCGCCUGCGUGUGAGUGAGCUGAAGACAGAACUUCGUGCCUUACACGUAAACCCCCUGCGCCUGGUGUGGCGCGGUGCGCGUGGGUUUGCAUUUAUCCACUUUCAGAGUGUUGAUUCUGCAAAGGAAGCAGUUAGUACAUUAUCAGGAAAGGAGCUGGACGGAAAGGAGAUCAAGGUGGAGAUGGCUAACAAUGACCGCCCACCCCGCCGCAGGGAAGACUAUCGUGACAAUAGGGAAGAUAAUUCGUCAUCCGGAAAAGUGUUGUCAAAUGACAGAUAA